GGACGGUUGGUGUGCGCACUUCCCGUCGUCAGGGUCGGGUGAACUGUCUUCUUCCUGAGCGCGUUGACUGUGGAUGUCAGACACCUUUAAUCGAUGUGAGGGGGGUUAGUGUGAACGGCGACGAGGAGGUGGUAGAGGUGUGCGCGUCGGUGUCGGGGAAAAAAAACACUAAGGGCGCCGAGAGAAAGCGAACGGUGAUGGAAGUGAAGUAUCUUGACGGAAAUGAAUGGAAGUACCAUGGAGAAGGCAACCGGAGUCUGGUGGUUUCUCACGUCCAGCAUUGUCAAGUACUGCGUUUCCUGAAAUUUCCCAAGGAACUUUCACAGCCAAAUCAGGCAUUGGAUGAAGCUCCCCGUCGACUAAAGAACAUUGUUGACUUCAGUAAACAUGUGAUGAAGCUUUUACUGGGUGAUAACUUUGUCCAACCAGGGGAGGUUAUACAGCUACCAGUUGACUUUGUAAGACAAUUGGCAAUGAAGAUCCAACCAGAACGACCAGGAUCACGUUGCAAUAAAGUGAUGGAUGCCUUCAGUGGGUAUGCUUUAUGCCUCCCAGAUCUCACCAAAUUCCAAACCUGUCAUCGAAUUGAAAAACGACCGCCCCUCUGUAUAGAAAUCAAGCCUAAAUGUGGAUUUAUCCCUUUCUCCACUCAUAUUACCAAGGACAUCAAGCGUCGUGUGUGUCGCUAUUGCAUGCACCAACAUCUGAAGGUGGCUAAUGGAAAAUGGAAGAGGAUAAGCAAAUACUGUCCCCUUGAUCUUUUCUCAGGGAAUAAACAACGUAUGUACAUUGCCUUGAAAAGUUUGUUACAGGAGCCUCAAAACAACCUAAAAAUAUUUAAGAAUGGAGAAUUAAUAUUUGGCUGUAAGGAUGACCAGGACUGCUUAAUGGACCUGAAUGAACUAGCUAAUCAUUUGAAGACUUACUUUUUCCCUGCUAAUGGUGUGGUUAGUGGACCACAAUGCACAAGAACUGUUAUCAGUGAACUGAUUCAUGUGAUAACAAUGGCUUUAGUGAGCAAUAUAAACAAUUGCAAGACUGGUGAUGUGAAGAGAACAGUCCCAUCGGGGGAAAGAAGCCACUGUGAAGCAAGCCAGUUUUGCAAGGAAAUUUUAAGAAAUGGUAUUCAUGUUGUGGAAAAUUCUGGCUUGCCUAGAGGUUGUGUUCUUUCUCGGAUCCUUCAAGUACAGAUGCUUGAUAUGAUGGACAUUGAUGGAAUCUAUCCUUUAUACCUGAGAGUUCAACAGCAUAUAGAAGAAUUUCCAAAAGACAGGACUAGGUUGCAUUUAGAUGGCCCUUAUAAUGAAAAUUUUUAUGGAAGUCUAUCAGAUUCUCAUUCUCAAGAUGAUGAAACAGUGGCUUAUGCAGCCCAGAAGAUUCAUCAGUACAGGGUUGCUACAACAGCCAAGGAUUGCUCCAUCAUGAUUGCUCUUUUGCCUUGUCCUCUGGAAGAAUGGCCUGAACCAGGUACCAUAAUUCAGACAUCACGGGCUUGCUUUGUAUAUUCUGUCUCUAUUCUAGAUUUGGAUCCCAAACCAUAUGAAAACAUUGCACACCAGUACAAACUUGAUGGGAAGAUAAUAAACUUUUACUUGCAGAGCACGAGAGCCAAAAAGGAUCUUAAUACUCCAAACUUCUACAAGGAAAAUGAAGAAUGCACACUGUUUUUUCAUUCAGUGUGAGUUGUUGUGGGGCCUUGCUAUUCUCUAAUCUCAAAGAACUGCACUGACUGAGAGGCCACAAGUAUAAAGAAGAAGUUUCAAAAAUAUUUGUCUAGUAAAUUUGAACAUUGACAUGGGCAAAAUAUUUUAAAUUCUGAACAUCACUCACUAAACUUGCUCAAGUGGAUGACUAUUUUUAAAAACAUGUCAUUCACCAAUUUGAAAAUAGCACUAAACAUUUUUUACUGAAAUCCGUUAACCUUUGUCUUGAAACUCCAGAUUGUAAAUAUUAAAGCACAAUAAUUUUAAAGAUACCUGUAGAGUCAGUUGAUUGGUGUUUCAAAAUACCUGUCUUGGAGAGUAGAAGUUCUUUAAAAGCAACUAAAUUUAAAAAAAAACUUACUUACGCAGCACUGAAAAGUGCAAGAGAAACAUGAUAUUCUUUAACAAGAUUUUAGCAUUUUUAUUGCAAUAUUGAGUUUAAAUGAGUGGGGUAAGGCCAUGGUCAUGCACUUGAUUAGAAAUUGCUUACUUGCUGGACGUUAGUUCAUCACAGGAAUUGCUGCUGGGAGUGAUAUUUAUUCUUCCACUGCUUUAGUUUGUGCCACUUGGUGAACAUGCCACAGUUAGUGACCCUAACAGUUAUAAUUUCUUGUUGUAUGUUUGAUCUAACCACUUGAAUGGUGCCAUUGAAAUUUGGUUUUGUGACCCUCCACUUUGCACAAUAGCUUUUCAUAAAUUGGGUGAAGGAUGACAAAUGGAAGCAAUGUUUCUUUUGGGAUGCAUAAACAUGAAACAUUCUUCCCCUAAAGUUGUCAUGAUGUCUUUACACUAAAUAAAUUUUCAGGAUUAUAAACUUCAAUGAAUACAACUCCAAGGUUUAACUGACUUCUGAAUGUCAGGAUUAAAAUUGAAUUGGGAGGAGUUGCUGUGGGAUAUUGCUUUUAAAAGUACUUUGUGGAGGGAUAUUUUUACCUUCAGCAAAGAAUGUCAGUGCAUGGAGUAAUUCAGUUUAGAGCAGUAAAUGUGCUGACAGUAACUUUCCUAAGGACCACCUAAGGGACAGAUGAGUUCUGUAAUUCCAGCACUCCAGUAGAUGCAUUUUUUGAUAAACUAAACCACCAGUGAUACAAUCUGUUGUUUAUUUUCAGUGGACUGAAAAUCUGACUGUCUUGGCCAUGUUACAAGUUGCAUUUUCAGAGACAGCUGGACUCUGAAAUCACCUCCAGUUAACAUUUUCUGAAAUAUCAGAAUUAAAAUUAAUUUUGAGAUUUUUUUCAUUCUCAGCUGUAGUAAAUAACUGAUUUAGUAGUACAUGCUCCAAAGCAUCACUGUGCACUGAACCAAAACAAAACAUCUAGUGAGUGAAUGUUUAUAAAUUUGAUGAAGGGAAGUGAUAGCAGAGUUAAGGUUCUGAACAUGGAGAAAAAUUGUGUGUUUUAAAUUUUAAGUCAGUAUCACAUCUUCAUAACAUGAGAACUGGAGAUUAUUCAAAUAAUGGUACAGGUAUGCUAAAGGCUUUGGGUGGGGUGGGGAAUCAUUGAAUACAAAAACAUUUUUUGUGAUUAGCAUAUUGGGAAAUGUGGAGUAAAGGCUCCUUGUCAACUGAGCAGAGUGGAAGUAGCACAAUGACUUCAGGAGUGUAAUAUUGGGGUUGCUAUUUUGCCACUUAAAUUUACUUUUCAUAAAACUAUAGAGUCUAAAUGGAGAGAGAAUGGAAUGAGCAAGUUACAUGUAAACAGUACAAGUUUUGUUUUAAAAGUUCAGCAAAAAGGUUUGGUGAAACAGUUUAAACAAAUGUGUGCUAUUUAAUUUUCUUUAAAUGUUCUUUGAUAAUUUUAAUUGUGUUGUGCCAAACCAAUGCAAGAUCCAAAAUUUUGAAAAAACUAUUUGAAAAUGAGAUUUAAAAAAAAUUAUAAUAUGAUGAAUAGAGGCUAUGAAUUAUAUGGUGACAAACUUGUCCUUUUUAGAUUGUUUUGUUUAGAUCUAGUCAACAAAGCUGUUGUUAUUGAAUUAAAACAUUCUUAUUGUUCCCCUACUUUAUCUAUGUUUUGUGAACAAGCCUACACUCCUGACUGAGACUGUAUACAAAAAACAAAUUAUGGCAUGCUUUUCUAUUUCUGUGACACAGUCUGUUUGUUAACUCUUGGCUUUCAACUAGACAAGGCAAACUAGUGAUGCCAUUAAAAUAAAACUAUUCAUAACCCCUUUUCAGUAGACCGUACAGCCCUUUUGCAUCUGAAGAGAGCUGCCUCAGCACUUACUUCUUUAUCAAGGUGGGUUAGUAGGAAUGUGGCUACAUACACAUUGUAUUUUGGAUCCAAAGACAGUGAAGAUGGAAACUCCAGUUUUCUUUUCAUUAAAUUCUAACCAGGAAUUUCUCAUUCUUACCACUUGCCAUCACUGUAUUUUGGAAAGAUUUGCAAAUUAGUUGUCUGUCUGGCUAUAUUUGCAAGUGAGUUGUCUGUCUGGUCCCACACAAUCUCAAACUGAAAGCAUAUGCUUAGCUACCCGGUGGCAAGACCAAAAAUCUCUCCAAAUGGCCAAGUAAAGCUGAAGCAAUGAUCUAGGCUAAUUUUGUUCAGAAAUUGUGUAGGUAACCCGAAGGGAAAAUUACCUCCAUAUUAUGGCAUGUGCAGAUUAAGAUGCCUGUUGAAAGUCUGUACUAAAUGACCUGUAUGGGAAAAAAAAGCUUCUGUUCCUCACUGGCAUGGGCACUUAGCUGUUGUAUGAACAAUACCAUGAAUGGAAAUGCCGAAUCUGUUAGGUAUAACUAUUUUGUCUGUUGGGUUGCAUUCCUGUCUAUAGUUUUGACGAGAUUAUUAAGAGGCUGAAUUAUAUAUUCUUGACCUGAAUUAUGGUGGUGAUACCUUUUUUAAAUUUAGAUUUGCACUCCCUAAUGCAUUCUUAAGUUGAGUAUGUAAACACUGUCAUAAUCAGUAAUGUUUUCUGCUUCUGUUAGACUUCUUGCAUAUUGCUUUUUUACCUUGUAAGAAGCAUGUUUUCUUUAGUAAAUCAUAUAUCAUCUGAGCAAAAGAGUAUUCCUCCCUUCAGACAUCUCUUUUCCAAUCUUUUUACCCACUUCUCACUCUCCAAACUACCAACCCUGUACAAAUGCCUUCAUAUCAGCUCAGAAUUAAACUCAGGAGUGGAUACGGUUUUUUUUGAAUGUCUACAGUUAGCAUUGUCCAGUGGAAAUAGACCAAAAAUAGAAAUUUCAGAUUUAUUUAUUUUACCCGCAGCUGAAGACAGGUGUGUCCAGUAGUAGCAACACUUUGUUUCUAGUGCCAUAAUUUACCUCAAGAGUUCACAUUGAAUCUGGUCUGUAUAGCUCAAUUCCUUUGCUGCACUUAAUUACCAGAAAUCAAAAAUAACUACUAUUUCUAACUGAUCUAAAAAGGACAGGUUCAAUACUUUUAUGUGGUGCUUCUGGUGUCACUUUAUUUCCAGAAAUGAUUGUCUUAUUGCAAAAGUCAAUCAUUUCUGGAAUUAGCAGUCUUUUUUUAAAAUUUAAGUUCAAACUAAGGUAAAGAUAACAAAAACAGCAGUUGCUGGAAAAGCUGAGCAGGUCUGGCAGCAUCUGUGAAGAGAAGUCAGUUAACACUUUGGGUCUAGUGACCCUUCCUCAGAACCAGACCCAAAACGCAAACUGAUUUCACAGAUGCUGCCACACCUGCUCAGCUUUUCCAGCAACUGCUGUUUUUCUUCCUGAUUUACAGCAUACACCGUUCUCUCUGUUUUCAUAUGGUAAAGGUGUGCAUUUAAAUAUGAUCCCAUUUUCUGAUGGCUUAAAAUAUUGCACUUUUAGCCAAGAACUACUGUAAAGUUAAAAAGCAAGAUUUCAGCAGAAUGUUUAAAUUUAAAUCUUUGUAUUGUAUCUCCAAGAUAAAGUAAUUGGAUCUGUGAAUUUGUAAUUGUGUAAAUCCUUCCUACUUAACUACUACUCAAAAAUAGAUAAUCUACUAUGGUUGUCGUACUGAAUCCCUUGAGACUAAGUCAAACAAGACAUUUAUCUAGUGUUGACUACAGCAAUUGGAGCUGGUACAUUAUGAAUGAUGUGUGAUAAAGUUAAUGGGUUUUUGAAUAACUUAUGGUGACUGCUACCGCGAUUGAACUUGGGUACUUGAGAAUAUUAUUAAAGGUACAAAAAACAACCAGAACUUGAAAGAACUGGUUUGCAAUCACUUUGAACAACAAUAUUGUGCCCUAUGGUGCACAGAUAGCCUUAUAAAGAGAAAAAUUUCAGACAAUUCCACCUAGUUUUAGUAAUAUUAUUGAAGUUCAGAGAUUUAAUUUAUUCUUUUGUUUGUCAAUAAAGCACUCCCCUCUGUUCAUGCUUUACAAAUGUAGCAACGUGAGAAUUUUAGAUUUUGAGUCUUUAGUUCUCUGUGACAAUACAUUUUUACAAAAUAAAACUAGCACUGUUUCUGACGGUUGGCUACUCUUGCCUCACUGUAUUUCAUGGAUUUUGAAAGUUGAAAUAGGCUGUGAAUUAACUAAAAAUGGUUUACAUUGAAGAAAGGUAAUUUCAACAACUACUGUGGUAUCGAUGACUUGUCUUGUCUUAUGUAUAAUUGCAAUAGAACUUGCCUUGUAUUUGUAAAUACUUUUUGGCUAUUUGUAUUUAAAUGCUAUAUUUAUUUUUCACUUGACAGUGCCAUAGGAGAAAUGAAAAUGUAUUUGUGGCAUGUCCUGUUGUACAAAAUAUUUCAAAAUAGUACAUGUAAAUUA